AUGACAACGCGCAAUUUGCUCUCCGGUCCCAUCACAUUCUCUUCUGCCACAGCCCGGAGCGCCAAUGUCCUUCACGCGUUACAGUACCCACUGCUUAAGCUCGCCUUCUACAGCUACGUAGAAGAGCAUCGCGCUGUUCUGGCCGAGGUCAUCGCGCACCACUUGGGUACCAAGCCAGCCGACAUUGAAAUCGCCCCCCAAGAAUGGUGGCAGCAUGGAUCCUUCAAUCUGGUCAUACCGCUCAACGUCAAUGGCGACCCUGCGCACUCGACCGUCCCCCACGCCAUUCUUCGCUUUCCCCUACCGUACCGCGUCGGCGAAGCAGCGAACCCCGGCAACGCGGAUGAAAAGCUCAACUGCGAGGCGGCCACGUAUGCCUGGCUCGAGGAGAACUGCCCCUCUGUUCCUAUACCGAAGCUGUACGGUUUCGGGCUAUCUACGAAUCAGAGGUUCACGAAUGUCAGCCUCCUUCCCUGGUGGUCACGCUGGCUCCACGAAGCUCGACGGCUUUUUCGAGCGGCUUUUGGCCUGCAGCAACCUUCACAAUAUGUCCCCCAUUCUUCGAGCCGUCUGGCAGCCCUUGACGUCAGUUAUCUGCUUCUUGAAACGGUCACUUCUGGGCAGACUCUGUCACACUCCUGGGACGAGAAGCGCGAUGAUAAUGCCUGUCUACAAAAUCUACAAGGAGACCUAGCGAGGAUAAUAGUUUCGCUUGCGAGGGUUCCCUUGCCCCGUAUCGGAGCCUUCCGCCUUGACAGUCACGGGUAUUUGCACUUGGACAAUCGUCCUAUAAGUGUUACUACUGCCACACACGAGAAUGAAGGGCUGCCUCUCCAUUUGCCUCGGCGCACAACGUUCUCUAAUGUUGAAGAUUUUGCAUUCUCUCAGCUGGCGGCCUUUGAGACUCGCUUCUUUAAGCAGCCCAACGCAAUAGUCGACCGUGAGGAUGCCUGGCGCCAGAUGGCCAGCCUCGCUGGCGCCAAGCUUACAUUCCCACAACUCUUUCGAGAUGACCUUCGCAAUGGUCCUUUCGUAUUUUCCUUGACUGAUCUUCAUCGAAGCAAUAUCUUCGUUGACGAGAACUGGAAUAUCACCUAUAUCAUUGACCUAGAAUUCGCCUGCUCCUUACCAGUCGAAUAUCUACAGACCCCAUACUGGCUAGAUGGUGCAUUUAUCGACCAAGUCACCUCUACUGAGUUUGCGCCUAUACAUACAGAGUUUAUGGAGCACAUCAGACGCGAAGAGAAGCUACAGCAGUGUCAAUACCCACUCUCGUCUAUCAUGGAGCAGUCAUGGGAUCGUGGCACAUUUUGGGUCCCCUUGGCACUACGAGACCCGGUAUCUUUCACAGAUCUCUUUUAUGAGCGUAUCCUGAAAGGUUGCUUUGCAUUUCCUGACGAAGAGCUUGAAAAUGGAGCAUACUUUAGAUUCUGCUCCCGUCUUUACCGACGCAAUUUGCCUAGCAUCAUCGACCAAAAACUAGACGACCAAAAGAGAUAUAUAGAGAGGCUUACAGAAGCCUUUGCCGAUGCCGCAGCAGAGUCAUCUUGA